AUGUCGUCGAAACGCCCUGGAACUGUGGAUUACAGCCACUUUGAUAACAUUGACUGCUCUUCGUCGUCGGAAGAAGAAGAAGAGGAAGAUUACGCUGAAGACCGUGCUCGCAACGGACCAAUAAUGGCAAUGCAGCGAGCCACGGCACAGCGGCAACACCGUGAGGAGGAAGCGAAACCACCAGCCAAAGUCCCAAAAAUUUCCAACACCAAAGACGCCAUUAGCAACCUUGCCUUUCUCCAAAAGGCGUGGGGUAACACAACCACCAUCACAACCACUGGCAACAAUGAGAAGCUGUGUGCUUCGUGUCACGCACAUUCGCCUCACUACAAGUGCUCUCGCUGCCAAAUCACUUGUUUGGCAUGCCCUGGAUCCCAUUUCAUGUGUACCGAAUGUACCGGAGUCUAUGUCAAGUCGGUGCUCUCGGAUCUUGAGAGCUCUUAUCCACCCAAGUGCUCCAUGUGCAAGGCCCACUUUGAUUUGGGACAUUUUGAGCGUCAACUAACGUCCAAGCAGCAACUCCAGGUCCAACUCUUUGCUGCACAGCGCAAGCUGUUGCCGGGUCAAGAGCUAAUGCAGUGUAGUAGCUGCAAUGCCUUGGAGAUUGUCACUCCCACCAAGAAAGCUCCUCUGGUCUUGUGGUGGUGCAAAGUGUGUUUCCAUGGAACUUGCGUGGUCUGUCAAAAAGCGUUGCCUUUGGCUUGCCAAAAGGGCGCCGUUAAUACGGCCAAGCACAGUCAUGAGCUCUGUCUCCGGUUUCAUCACGUCAAGACGGCCAUGGAACAAGCUUUGGAAAAGGGAUCCAAAAUGGCUUGCCCCGGUUGCGGGUUGGCCGGACGCAAGGACGAUGCGUGCACCCACAUGACCUGUCCCAAGUGUGAAACAAAAUGGUGCUAUGUCUGUGGCCUCGACGUGCACCAGUGCGACAAGGCUCCACCUCGUCGCCACCGUGAAAAUGACGAAGAUGAUGAUGUGGAUGACAUCUUUUUGCACAAUCAAGACUGGCAGUACAAUCCGGCUCGCUGCCCCAUGUACUUGACACAGAUUCUCGAAGUCGAUCUGGGAUGGAUGGGAGAGAAUUGGGAGGCUAAUGCCCGCGAUGAGGAUUUUGACGACGACGAGCGCUGCUUGGACUACUUUCAUAGGUUCCAGACCAUUCGUCUCCUGCAGCAAGUGCGGGCCGAGGUGGGCACCAAGGAGUUCGAUGCUGCCUUUGAAGCCUUUGACUCCCUUCGCAAUUCGGGAUAUACCUUGGAGGAAAUCAUAUCUACCGACACUACGACCUUGAUUGACCGGGAAGAUUUUCGUCGGUACAAGUCGGAACAAGGGGACGAAGAUAAUGGCAUGCUUGUCGACGGUGCUACGGAGAAUGUAGCUCGGAUGCCAGUUGCAGAUGGGCAAUGGGAUAAGAAUUCGGCAAUGGCAGCGGAAGAAGACGCCCAAGUGAACGAUGCAUUGGCACGAUCUGAGGUCUCAGCACGAAAAGACGAGCAAGUCCGAAACGCUCUUCGGGAAUCUCAGGGCGACUAA